AAAUUUUGGAAUUGCUCCAAUUUUUAUUCCUCGACAUUAUACCUCACGAGUUCCCAACUAUUACACAACAGAUUCCACCAAUCUAAUUCUUGAUCCACCACCAACAAAACUACUUGAUGAACUUGCAGGUGGUAGAGAACUUGUCCGAAUAAUAACUGAAGAAAUUGGCGUGUCAAUUACAGAUGCAAUCUUACAUGAGGAAGAAAAAGGCUUAGAAAUUGAUAAAAAAAUUGUUAAUGUUGUAUUAAAUUGGGCGACUGUAUUUGGUGUUACUAUAGCAAACAUUAUUUGCAUUUUUAAUCCUAAAGUUGUAGUGAUUGCUGGUGGUCUAUUAAAUUUCCCAUUUUAUUGGGAUAGAGUUUUAGAAUUGGUGAAAUUAUAUACUAGUAAUCUGAUACCUGAACUUUGGUCAGAAACUAUUUUUGUUAAAAGUCGUUGGGGUAAUGAUUUAGUGGUUAGAGGUUUGGUGGAUGUAGAAGUAGUUAAUUAUCUUACAUUUAUUGGUAAUGUUGAAACACUCAAGGAUGUAGAUCAAUCAGAUGAAGUUGAAAAAUACAAUGAUAUGUUUGAUUCAGUGAUGUUAAGUUUUUUGGUUACAACAGUUUUAGCAUGGUUUUAUCACAAAUUUGUUGAAUUGCCAUUCAUGAAUUUGGCAAAUUCUAUUGCAAGAAAAUGGUUAAAAUAG